CCGCAUAUGGCGGUGAAGUCCCCUUUAUAGAGCAGUGGCAACCUUUGCCUUCUUCUACCAUCCACCCACAAGAAGAGAAUCCGGCCACCUCAACAUCCGAUAGAAAGAGUAGCAGUGCCAUUGAAACAAAGGAUGGCGAAGGCAAGCCUUGUCAGGUCGAGAACAGCUUCCCCCGAUCAUGCGUUUGACAAUCCACCGAGUCCCAAGACGAGGCUUUUCUCCUUGAACCUCAGCGGUUGCGUCAAACCCAGCCGUCAUCUGCAUGUUGCGAGCCCGCUGCGCGUGCCUGGCCGGCAGUCCAGGCUCGAGGAGUUCCGGGAAGUUUUCCGGUACUUGGACAAGAAUGGCGAUGGCAAGAUCAGUGACGCGGAGAUGAGGUCGUUCUUCGAGUCAAUGGGAGAGGAGGAUGGGGGUGAGGAGAUAGCAGGGGAAGAGGGUGGGCUGGAUUUCGGGGAGUUUGUGGGGUUGAUGGACGAGGGGGAGGGGAGGGGGAGGGAGGAGGAUCUGCGGAGGGCGUUUGAGAUGUUUGAGGCAGAGAAGGGCUCCGGCUGCAUCACCCCCCAUGGGCUGCAGAGGAUGUUCGGCCGGCUUGGGGAGCAGAGGUCGGUCCAUGAGUGCCAGACCAUGAUAAGCUCAUUCGAUCUCGAUGGCGAUGGCGUGCUCAGUUUCCAUGAGUUCCUGCGGAUGAUGAGUUAAGCCUGUGAUCAGUUCCGUCUGCUCUGCUUCGAUGCGCACCAGAUGAGAAGGGCUUCGUUUGUUCCUGCGUUCGAGAACAACAACUUGUUCAUGGUGAUGGCAAGAUCAGAUUCGUGAAGGAACAAACGCUCUACAGAACGUGUAGAACUCGUUCUUCAGCAUUCUAGCGGUCUGAGAAGACCUGCGUCUGCGUCAACUCGCGUGAAAUGUUCUCGUUAAUUAGUAGAGUCUUCUGUGUGAUCAAGAACGAGCUUUUUGUUUCCUCGUGUUAUUUGGAAUUUAUUUCGUGUGUAUAUAUUGACUGACAAAAGCCUGUAACUUUGUAAGAUCUGGAUGUUUGUCUCAAACAUUGUGAAUCUAAGGACAUUUGAUCUGCUUGUUUAUUAUGC